GCGUGUGGCUCGAACCUGCCCGAUGCAUCCAACCCUCGUGCACUCGAGUGGUCGUUAGAACUAUCUCUGUGCACGGCGUGUUUUGUUUUAUGUCACUUUGUCAAGGACUAACGCCACCUUCACCCGAGACCACUGGGAACUGGGCUUAUAUAUUUGGAGUUUGCGUGUCUCUCGAACCUCGUGGUCGCGUGGAUUUUUCUCCGGAUCCUCCGGUUUUUCCCUCCACAUUUAAAAACGUGCAUUUGGAGUAUUUGGCUGUUAUAAAUUUCCACGCGAUAAGCCACUUCGUUGAACUAUCAUUUGUGUCGAGGUCGCUUCUGAAAAAGAGCCAUAUCGUUCAGUGGGCUUAACCUGGUAAAAUAAAACAUAAGUUUAAAUAGUUUCAUAUUGGUUCUCCCAAAUAUGUUCUUACCAGUGAAAGUGUGUCACCCCGCACCUACCCCUGACUGUUAUUUGUACCCCUGGAUUAGGUGCUGUUUUGGUUAGGUCACAGAACCGAGCGGUAUGAAAGAAUUCAAUUAUACCGAUAGCGAACUGGACCACCCGUUUCACAAGUAGGCUUGAAGCUUCUCUUAAAAUCAAGGUUUGAGUUGAAAAUGCACGAAUAUGCUUGUACCUUAACAAACAUUUUGUUAGAAAAAAAAUGUAAGGGGUACAAAUAUUCAGAAAGGGGAACCAAUAUUCCCAAAGAUUGCCUCCUGUUGGGAAUUAAUAUUCACUUGCCUCCUGCUCUGUUCGGCUCCAGAAUGAUGACCAGCAGGGCUCAAGCCAGCAGGCCCCGUACUUCAUGAGCCACGAGGCGGUGUCGACUCGGUACCGACAGCGAUCGGAGUAAUUGGGUAGUGUGGUUCUGCAUGUGGGCGAGAAGCCUGGUCGUAACGUGUUUGCGAUGAUCUGGAAAAUGGAGGUAAGGGAUUGUGCGAGGCUGUAGAUGAGAGUGCAGGGGAGCUGAGUGGAUAUGUGAUGAUGGCAGCGGCGAUGAGGGCGUCGGCAGCAUCCGCGACAAGGGAGUGGCAGAUGUGGGAGAUGCUGCAGAGGUGGCGGUCAAAGGUCGUGAAAAGUAGUUCAGAGAUACGGGAAGAGCCUUUUCGGACUUUUUCAAGCCGAGGAAGGUUUUCGGUCGGAUGGAAACUUGCAGGAAUAUUUAGAUCCAAGUACUUUCAGGAUGAAAGUCUUGUGAGCUUGGAAAUGCAUUAAUGAAGAAAUUGGCAAACCUGGUAAUGCAGUGGACCAGGGUUUAUAGGCCGUUGAGGGGUGAGUUUGGUCGAUAGAUGGAGACUUUUAUUCGUGCUACCAAGCAAGUGGUUGUGUCCAACUGUGUCCAUUCAUCAUGGAUUUUGUCAAGGGCUAGGGUGUACAGUUUCCAAUAUUUGCAGUUCUAUCACGUUUCUCUGGGACUGCUCAAUAACGUGGUGUAGACAUUCUAUGUGUGUUGAACUUCUUCCACAACUUACGUAGCCAACAGCGCCAAUCGGAGGUGUGGGGGAAGCACAACUAAACACAAAAAGCAGUUGUAAAGAAAUGAGUUUUAAAUCUAGAUUAUUUAAAAGUUAAUAGUUCCAGUGCAUUCCUAAUUUCAGAAGAGCGUUCCAGACGGCCGCAGAAGCGCAUCUGAAAGCGCGCGAUGCGGCGACCGUCUUUGUUCGAUGGCCAGCCAAAAGCCGUUGCUGUGAAGGUGACCGGAGUUCGGAUAAUGGUUUCUGCUCCUAGAAGCGCUGAUGAACAGAUCGGACACAUCCAGACCUCUUAUCUACACCCCCCCCCCCUAAAAUAUUGCCUGCUCAACACUCGUCUAUGUGCAUGCGCGUGUGUGCGUGUGCGUGUAUGCAUGCGCGUGUGUGCAUGCUUGAACUUACGGUCGUGAAAACUCGCUGAGGAACAGCACUCCAGCUCACAAUUCCUGAGAGCCGUUUCCCACAACCACCCGUGGAACUGCCAGCACUGCGCGGUGAUGCGUUGUUGAACGUACGAGAGGAGUGCACGAGAAUCGUUGGCAGCGAUGUUCCCCCAGACACGUUUCUCAAGACUGAAUGGAUGGUUGGAGUGCCAAUUUACUUGUUUCCCCAACCACUCGGUUUUUUCAAUAUAUAUUUUAAAAAUCUGCUUAUGACCAUAAAUUCACAAGAAGUGCACCUUAUCCGGUCAGAUUGUGGAAGCUAAGCAGGGUUGAACCAUUGUUACGCUGUACUUCUACGAUCCCACAUCUAUGCCCCUCACCUUUAUCUCGUAUUGUCAGAUAACCUCUCUCCAGCCUGCAGUGCGGAGAGGCCCUCAUCCACCAGAUGAGUGACAGAGGGGUUUCUGCACGUGUACAAUACAAGUCUGCAAAACUAGCAACGAAUUUUACACCAUGGAAUGAAGAGGAGAGCUGGAAACUAAACUAUUUUUAAUUUUACCAGGCGAGGUUCUCCGAUGCUGCGUGGGCUCGAGUUUGGUGGCGGAGGGGCGGCGGCCAUGCCGUACCUCGUCGCGGGCGGCCUGGGUCUGCUGCUGCUCUACCGCCUCCUGCGCCGGCUGCAGCGCCGCACGCGCAGCCUCCACGGCAAGGUGGUGGUGGUCACGGGCGCCAGCUCGGGGCUCGGACUGGCGUGUGCACGCGCGUUCCAUGCGGAGGGAGCGAGGCUCGUGCUGUGCGGACGCGACCUGCAGAGACUCGAAUCUCUACGCGAUGAGCUCUCGGAGAGAGGCCCAGAGGACCGUGCCCCACGCGUGGUGCCCUUUGACCUGGGCUCGCCCGGCGAGGUGGCGAGGGCGGCGGAGCGGGUGGUGGCGGCGCACGGACGCGUCGACGUGCUUGUGAGCGGCGCGGGGAUCAGCUACCGCGGGGAGGCGGCGCUCACCGCCAUGGACGUGCACCGCCAGCUCAUGGAGGUCAACUACUUUGGUGCCGUCGCCCUCCUCACGGCCCUCCUGCCGUCGAUGCUGAAGCAAGGAGAGGGGCACAUCGUGGCCAUUAGCAGCGUGCAGGGCCGCAUCGCCAUUCCCUUCCGUUCUGCGUAUGCCGCCUCCAAGCACGCCACGCAGGCGUACUUCGACAGCCUGCGCGCCGAGGUGGCCGACUCGGGGCUGAAGGUGACGGUCGUGAGCCCCGGCUACAUCCGCACCAACCUCUCGCUCAACGCGCUCACGGCCGACGGGACGCCAUACCACGCGAUGGACGCGAACACGGCGGGCGGGCGCUCCCCGGACAGCGUGGCGCAGGACGUGGUGGGGGCGGUGCUCGAUGGCCGUGCCGAGGUGGUGUCGGCCGGGCUGGCGCCGACGGCCGCCGUCUACCUGCGCACCCUGCUCCCGUCGCUCUACUUCAUCCUCAUGGCGCGGCGCGCGCGCUCCGACAGGAAGAAGGCCGAGCAGGCGUGACGGCGCCGUUGCUCUCCUCUCCCCCCACCCCCCACAACACGCGGAAAGUUUGAGAUGCUGACAAAGCAGAAUGAGAUGGAACAUGUAUCUACGUCCCGUAUGUUGAACUUCUUUUGCACCGUACGCUGCCAAACAGUGAAUCGGAGGUGCGAUGCAAUACGGACAAAUGGAAGUGACCGAGAGACAAUGAGGACAGAGACACGGAGACGUAGAAGGGGAAAGGCGUAGAUGGAGAGACAGAAGCGUAAUGUGCACAUUGUGAAUAGGGGCCAGUGAAAAGGGACUGGUGAAGAUAACUGCUUUCUGUGUUUAGUUUGUUGUCCUUCCCC